CUGCACCAUCAACAACAUGGCCAUACGCAGAAAAGACAGCUUCCUCUGGGGAAAAGCUCCAAUCAAACUCCCACCAGAGGCGAGGAGGCAGGGUGAGGCGCAUGAGUUUGAGCUGCUGGAUGACAUUCAGAAACUCAGAUUGGAGAUCAAUCGCGUCAUGCCUGAAAUCCACAGCCCUGAACUGAAGGAGCAGAAUAAAAAUGUUGCGAGGAACAGGAAAUUCCUGCGUGGGAAAAAGAAAUUUAACAUGGACUCCAAAAAAAAACUGUACACAAGCAUCCGUAGUGAGCCGUUCAAAAUCCCAGAGGAUGAUGGGAAUGACCUCACACUGACGUUUUUUAAUCCAGACCGCGAGGGUUGGCUCCUUAAAAUAGGUGAGAUGAAGAAACUAACACCACACGAUAAACCCGGACUCCAAGACAGGACGUGGUCGAGUUAA